GUCAGUGCCAGUCAUCCGAUCCGUCAUCCUCAGUUUUGAUGUGAAGGGGAAGUUGGGAGGAUUCGAGAGGAAGAUCUGGGAGUGGCCUUUUGCGAGAAGCACCUUUUGAUUUCUGUACAGGAGAUUGGCGUUUAGGGUCAUGGCAGGAAGAGGCGGAGCAACGAGACCUAAUGGGCCGAAUGCCGGCAACAAGAUCUGUCAGUUUAAACUAGUGCUUCUGGGAGAGUCUGCUGUGGGUAAAUCAAGUUUAGUCCUUCGCUUCGUAAAAGGACAGUUUCACGAGUUUCAAGAAAGCACAAUAGGAGCGGCUUUUUUGACUCAGACAGUAUGUUUGGAUGACACAACAGUGAAGUUUGAAAUCUGGGAUACGGCCGGCCAGGAGCGCUACCACAGUUUGGCCCCGAUGUACUACAGAGGAGCACAGGCGGCCAUAGUGGUGUAUGACAUCACAAAUGAAGAAUCGUUUACACGUGCAAAAAACUGGGUAAAGGAGCUUCAAAGACAAGCCAGUCCAAAUAUCGUAAUAGCUUUGGCUGGAAACAAGGCAGAUCUUGCCAACAAGAGAGCACUGGACUUUCAGGAUGCUCAGUCAUAUGCAGACGACAACAGUUUGCUUUUUAUGGAAACAUCGGCAAAGACUUCAAUGAACGUGAAUGAGAUUUUUAUGGCCAUCGCAAAGAAGCUACCCAAAAAUGAGCCACAGCCUGCUGGUGCCAACGCGGGACGCAGCAGAGGUGUGGAUCUAACAGAGACAGCACAGCCCGCAAAAGCUUCCUGCUGUAGCAACUGAAGGGCAGCGCUCCUCACCUCCUAACAGCAUCACAUCUGGACAUGGGGCUCCUCCUUCCAAACCUCGCUCCUCGGAUUAGCUAAAGACUCUGUAUAGCUGUGUUUCUAAUACUUUUUUUACUUUUUAUUUUUAAGAAAAUAUGUAAAUCAGCCGUCUACCGGAUGCAUGUAUCACUACAAAAGCUAAAUACACAUUUUUAACUUGCAUUCAGCAGGAGAACAAACCCGUUUGAGAGAGAGAGAGAGAGAGAGAGAGAGAGAGAGAGAGAGAGAGAGAGAGAAAGAAAUAGUGCAUGUGCUUGUAUGCGUCGGAAAUGGGGAAGCGAGUGGUUGUGUGCAAACAGAUCUGAUGGUAUCAAUGCGUUAAACUGAGCUGUGAGUAAACGAACAUGCAAACGAAUGGGCAAAGAUUUGUGUAUACAGAUUCCACAUGGGCCUGAUUAUCAAAUUGAAUCGGAUAGUGAAAGGGUUUUAAAGAAAACUGCAUUUUCUGAACAUCAGAAUUCUGCAUCAACAGCUAAGUCUCAGUUGUUGACUUGAAUUUGGGAUGCAGGAGCUGCUUGUUGCACUCCUUAAUGCAUCUGAUGUUCUCAUUUUCAGGACAGCCUCUCCUACCACUGUCUGAUCUUACUAACUCCCAUGCUGCCGUUGGGUUUUUUGCCAUUGAGUUCGUAUGAGAUUAUGAAAAUAUUAGGCCUGUUCAUUUCUGGUUCAUCUUAUACUUAACUGGAUGUGGUUGGUUAAGUGGUCCAGCUUUUAGGUGAUUCGAUCGGUGAACCCAUAAAGAACAAAUCAAGGCAGUCAGUGAAACCUGUUUAACCUGCUGUAUUACUUUCAUUAUUAUUCAUUUAGUCUGUAUUCCCACACUCUAAAAACGCUUGUGUUAAAAAUAAUACAAUCUAAAUGUGUUGUCCCUUAUUAGACACAUCUCUGUCUUAAUAUUGGAACAACACAUUUUGUCCCUUUUAUUUGUUUUAAUACAAAAUGACGCAUAAUGUGUUCAUUAACAUAACACAAACAAUGUGUAAAACAUUUUUUUAGAGUGCAUCUCUGCGUUUUUGCUUAUGCAUUGUACAAGCAAUGGUCAGGCCCAGAUGAAAUCUGUAAAGUCUGUAAAAUCAAUUAAAAUAGUAAAUUGCAUUAAAUGAAGCAAAGAAUAAUGGUAAAAAGUAAAAAAACUUAGUUACUUGGUUGCCUUAAAAUUUUGAGUUAAUUCAACUUUUUUAUACAAUUUUAUUGAGUUAACUAAUAUUUUUAAGUUAAAUUAGCUGAAAAUUGAGGCAACAGGUAACUUACUUUUUUAAGUUGAACCAACAAAUGUUUUAAAAAAUGUUUUAAUGCCUUUCAGGAAAAUUGUCUUCUAAAAUAUAUAAACAUACAAAUAUAUCUAAUGGAGGAACAGACCCUCUGCUUUCAAACAAACAAAAACGGGGAAAAAAAACUUUCAUCCUAUCUAUAUGUUUUCUCUGCUUAUAAACCCUUAAAAUUGGCAUUUUUUUCUUUAAAAAAAACAAACAAUUUUUUUAGCAAAAAGUUGAAAUGAUAGCAUUUUUGUGAAGGAAUUUUGUUUAAGAUCAGAUUCAAAAUGAUUAUCAAAACAUACACGCAGUUUAAAAUUAGUAAAUAAUGUUUUGGCUUCAGUUUUGUCAUACAUUGGGUAGGUGCGCCAUCUAGUGGAUUAUUACGUUUUACAGAUUAACAUAAAAAUUCAUCAAACAGGUUUUUAUACAAAUGUUUUCUCUUCAUUGAGAUAACUCCUCAAUGGCGGGGAAAGAGUUAACAGUGUGGUAAUAAGUUAGCCAAAAUAAUCAUUCAGAUGUACAAGUCAACAUGCAGGGAGAGUUGUCUCGAUUUGUUUUUCUUAAUGUGUGUGUGUAAUUAAAACACAAAUCAAAUUCUUUAUAGAUAUGUACUUAUGUAAAAUAUAAAGCAACUUUUUCUUCUGGUUGACAUAACAGAUUAUUUUGUCAAUCCCACACUGUCAAAAAAUGCAGCAUUUUUGUCAAAUCAACAUAUAUUUUUGUGUUACUUUAACAAAUUAAGUUAAACUAUUUCAAUUUGUUUUUAUACGUUAUGUCAACUUAUCACAGGUCAAAAAUUAAAAUAGAUGGUUGACUCGCAAAACCAAGUGGUUUUAACUUCAUGCUGUAUUUUUUACAGUGCAGAUAAAAGUACCGCUUCGUUUUCUCACUGAAUAUCUUGUAUCACUCGGAUCCAAAAUAAAUUGGGUUGUGAACUGUGUCUUAUGUUGACUUUAUAAGCAGCAAAUUUCACGUGGGCCUGACAAUAAGAAUUUUUUUUUUCAACAAAUACACAUAAAUACAACUUUAUCAUGUCCAGGGAUUUUCCUUUGCAGUUUUUUGUAAUCUUACUGAAAGUCAUGAGCAACCUGUGUCUGCAUUACUUGCAUCAGUGCUGAACUUUCAAAUGUUUUUGGAGGACUAAGGUGCAGGCAAAUUGAAAUGAUGUGUAAAGAUAUGUUUUACUAGUUAAAAGAGUAAACUAAACCCUGUGAGGGCUUUAUUAAUUCCUUUAAGAACAUAAUGUUUUAUCAUUAGACAUCAUAACAACAACAAAACUACUGCAUGUCUUGAAACAGCCAUUUGUAUUUGCCUGUGUAUUAAAGCUUUUGCCAUGACCGAGAGUAAUUUGCACACUGUACAGCUUCACGUAAAUUCUACUACCAAUUUUAAGUUUCUUUUCACAGAAUAUCAUGUUUAAAUGGUGGUCUUUUAAAUGUAUGUAGUGUUAUUAACAAAUGAACUUGACAUUUAGUCAUUGGUCUGUAAUGUAUCUUCUCUUGAAAUGCUCAAUGUUUUUAUUUCUAAGAAACUAUUGAAUUGCACAAA